ACUUGUUGUUUUGAUCAGGUGGAAACAAGAUUGCAGAAGACACAAACCAGACACAGAGAGUGGUGCGUAAAACGAGGCGUUGUGGGUCAAAACGACACAAUGAGCCAGUCUAUUGUGGAUAUGUCAGUCGUGUUAAAACAAGGCCAGGUAAAACGAAUGCCUAGGUUUUAGAGUACAAGGGUUCAGGAUGAUAUGAAGCAAACAAACCCUUAGAGGAUUUUUCUCUCCAGACUCCUGAAGCUGACAAAUACAAAGACAGAUGGCGUUUCUGUUAAGGAUCUGAAACAAAAAAGCAAACCGUUGUGGCCAAGGUGAGUUUUGAAGGGUUUCUUUCACAUCUAGUCUAGAAUUAGCAUUUGCUGUGGGAGUUUACUCAUGAGUUUACCCAGCCAGACCGCUCAUUCAGUUGCUACAUAUAAUUACUUCCUGGAAAUUUCAAGGAAUUUUAGGACUUGUUUUUACUGAGUAUUUUACUGAGUAUUUCUUCUUAUCUUACUUCUUAAAACACAGUAAUGGCUUGUAUUUAAUGUAUUGAAAUAACUUAAAUUAAAUUCCAUGAGGUGCAGUCUGUAUCUUUUUAUUUAAAGUGAUAAUCUCUUUGUUAGAACUCAAAAGCUGAAUACUCUCCACAACUGCAUUACAAUUAAAUACUUGCAUGUAAGUGAGUUGAAAACGUCUUCGUUUUUCUUAAUAAUGAAAAGAAAUAUUUGGGCUGCUUUGAUGGAUUUUCAUCCAGCUUCCAAACUGAACAAGGUUAGACACUCUCUGAAGCAACUGAAAUGAUAUCGAUCAAGGCCCUAGAAAAUCACGAAAUAGUCAUUAAGGCUACAAUAUUAAAACACAAUGAAACUUGUGUGGAGUAACAGGGGAGCUCAACUGGGCCUUUGGGUGCGAGUUAAUAAAGACUUAAGUUAUAAAAAAAACGCAUUCUCAAGCAUUUACUCCUUGAUUUAUUGGAAGCAUAUCAAAUGAUGGAGGCAUGGCUUACACAGAACACCACUAAACAAGGCAGAACUUCAUGACCGGGCACCUCAGUGCAAAAUGAACUCUGGAUUAACUCAUGACCUGACAUAAACCCUUCAGACACAGUAGACCCUAAAACAAGUCCCAGCCUCCAUUUUCACCAUGGCUGCAUCAGAGCAUUGUUAUAUUGUAACAAAUCCGAGACCCAAAGAUCCUCUAAAAGUGACACCCAGGUUGUGGCCGGAUAGUCAUAAAAAUGACUCGAUGGAGAGAAUCCAACUGCAAGUGCCACAGCGAAUGUUACUGAUGUGGGCCUUUAAAUUGCGGGACAGCAUUAUCUCCUUCCCUUUCGUAAAGAAUGGUCCAGUGUAGCCUACCCACUUAGAUUAUUCUAGGUCAUGCAUCUGCUGUGAAACCGCUUGAGCUCCCCAUAAAUAUCCUCCUUCUCUAAAAGCUAGGGUGACCAGAUCUUUGUCCCACAUCGCACAUACUGAGAUAAUGUCCCACAUUUUCACUCGUCAUGUGGUUUUUAUUUGUCAGAAAUAAGAACACAUGGGUGCACAUGAGCUGCUUAUGCCAUUGCGGCAUAAUGUUUCUACCCUAUUUAAUAACACAAUACAUAUAUCAUGUAUAUAUCAUAUAUAUAUAUGUCAAGAGCAGAAACCUGGAUAAACACAGCAAAGCUUUUUUGGCUUCCAUCCAAUGGCUGAGAAGAGAGCAGUAAAGGCAGGCAUCAAGAGGCUGUGAUGGUUGUCAAUCAAAUCUAUGCAGAUGUGGGGCCCGUGAACUCCUCUGCUAUGUGACAUAAACCAAACUUGCACAAACUUUGCAGAAAAGGUAAACGCUACCGGGCGACAUCAUGGCCGAAAAGAAAAAGAAAGUGUUCUUUGAGUAAUGUGUGCCUUAAACAUCACUGUGCCUCAUCUUUCCUAUAGACUAGUAAAAGCUGUAGCCUGUAUCUGUUAUGGCCCAACAGGUGUGCUGAGAAAUCGACAACAGGACAAAGCACCCAAGGUGUCUGAGCAGAAAGGACAGACAUUAUAUCAGUUAGGCUACCUCUCUGUGUUGGCCCCAUGCCCCGCACUGUCCCACAUUUGGACUGUUCACACCUCGUCACCAUACUAAGAGCCGGCUGGGUAAACAGAGGUGCUGUCUGACUGAAAUGUUUUUAUGUGCAGAGUAAAAAUAAUGACCCGUAAGAUUGUGGGAAUGUGGGAAUAGCAGCUGUGUGGAGCAUGGGAGACAUUCUUGUGGGUGCUUGAAACUGGGCCACAUACUGUAGGCCUGUGCCAAGUCGGCAGCGGCCGAUCUAUAACUGCUUCAAGCAUGUCACACCAGAUUAACAGGACAUUCUGUUGCAUCCAUUUGAACUGCAGGUGAAAGCCGUAACUAUGGUGAUCAGUGUCAUCUAAACCAAAUUGUGCUGCUUAAUAUGAGAAUGGUAAGAUUGGAUUACAGUGUGUGAAUAUUUCUCUGGGCAUCUUUGACCCUGUGCCUGUGUCCUGGUUUCUAUGGCAGCGCACAAGGCGAUGGGAUGUGGUAUCACCAAAUCAAACCAGCUACAAUUGAAAAAAUGCGACAGAGGUCAUCUUUCAGUUCCAGCUUCAACAGGUAAGUGCUGUCUCUGCGUGAGGGUAGUCUGAAUUCAGAUUUAGUAUUAGUGUAUAGCUGUGAGAUAUCAGUAGACCUCCAUUCAUAGAACUCAAAAGGUUGUAGUUGUAUUUGCAGAAUAUAGAGACCCAUGAAUCCAAAAGGUAAGUAUCGUCCAAUCUGUACAGUCUGUUCCAAAAUCAGUUAUCCCCCAAAAAACAAACACACACACACACACACACACACACACACACACACACACACACACACACACUCUGAAACCCUGUCUCUCCCUCUCGUUACCACAGCCAUGAGGGCAGCCCUGCUGAUCCAGCGCUGGUACCGUCAGUAUGUGGCCCGGCUGGAGAUGAGGCGCCGCUGCACCUGGAACAUUUUCCAGUCCAUCGAAUAUGCGGGGGAGCAGGACCAGAUAAAGCUGUAUAAUUUCUUUGCCUACCUCAUGGACCACUUCACCCCUGCCAGCAGUGAGAGAAACCUAAUCUCCCAUAUCUUCAGGGAAAACGACUUGCUGCGAGAUAUUGAGUGGGAGCGCUACUUUAACUAUAAGAGCAUUGAGAUUCCAGAAGAUUACUGUGGACCUUACCUCACAUUCCCUCUGACUGCUUCCAAUGUCACGGAGCUGGUGGAAGCAUUUAGAAACAAACAACAGCUUCACUCACGCUAUGUCCUCCAGCUCCUCGGGGAAACAUGGAAACUGUUGCGCCUCCUGCCAAACAUAAACCACGUGUCCACCUGCCACACUAAGGAAAUAACCAUCUGCGGAGAUCUGCAUGGCCAUCUGGAGGAUCUGCUCUUGGUAUUUUAUAAGAAUGGCUUGCCAUCCAUGGAGACUCCUUAUGUCUUCAAUGGAGACUAUGUGGAUCGAGGGAAGAAUUCAAUUGAGAUUCUCUUGAUUCUAUUUGCUUUCCUACUCCUGUAUCCAAAUGAUGUCCAUUUGAAUAGAGGCAACCAUGAGGAUCAUAUUGUUAAUCUCAGGUAUGGCUUCACCAAAGAAGUUCUGGGGAAAUACAGGCUCCAUGGCAAGAAGAUCCUCAAGCUGCUGCAGAAGAUCUUCAGCUGGCUGCCCCUUGCCACGGUGAUCGAUCAGAAAGUUCUCAUUGUACACGGAGGGAUCUCAGACACAUUUGACCUCAAAAUCAUUGCCAAAAUGGAUAGGCACAGAUAUGUGUCAUCGCUGAAGCCCCCUAAAAGCCGGCGACUUCUGCUCAAAAGCAAGUUGAGCGACCAAGAGUCUGACACAGAGGAAGCAGGGGCUGAGGACAGUGGCUCCAGCAGCACCAGGGGCGGCGGGGGGAUCAGGAGGACGUGCUCCAUGACCCACAGCAGCCCCUCGUCGGGGGUCGACCGCUCCUUGCUCCAGCGGCGCUCCCUCCAGUCCCACAGCAGCGUAGACGACGAGCUGCAGGAGAGGAGGCGCCAAGCCGGCCUCGGCGUCAGCCCGUCCCACAGCGACGACCAGCAGUCGUACUGCUCAGACAAGGACGCCGAGCUCACAGAAGCCGUGGAGGCCGACGCGGAGGAGUGGAAACAGAUUGUAGACCUGCUAUGGAGUGACCCCAUGUCCAUGGAGGGCUGCGUUCCCAAUGAGGUGCGGGGCGGCGGCUGCUACUGGGGCCCGGACGUGACGGAGGAGGUGCUGAACAGACACAGCCUGCAGCUGCUCAUCCGCUCCCAUGAGUGCAAACAGGAGGGCUACGAGUUCUGCCACAACCGCAAAGUCCUGACCAUAUUCUCUGCCUCCAACUACUACGAGGAGGGGAGCAAUAGAGGAGCCUACAUCAGACUGGGUCCAGACCUGGUUCCCCAUCUCAUCCAAUACCAGGCUACUCGUACUACAAGGGACCUAACGCUAAGGCAAAGUGUGGGGAGAACCGAGCGUUCUGCUCUGCGUGCAUUAAGGGAACAACUCUUUGCUCACAAGUCUGACCUUAUCAGUGCCUUCCAGAAAUAUGACCCAGACAACACAGGUUGGAUCUCGCUGAAGGACUGGGCUGUUGCCAUGGAGACAGUGUUUCAUCUGGCCUUGCCUUGGCGCGUGCUGCGCUCUCAACUGGUGAGCACCACUAAGGACGGCAUGCUGGACUACCAGAGCUGGUUCAAGGAGCUCGCCAUCAUGGAGCCCAACAAAGAGCUGGCACACACAAACGUGCUGGAGACUCUGUACAAACAUCACUCCAACCUAGAGACGAUCUUUCGGGUCAUAGACACAGACAACUCAGGAUUUAUCUCCUUUGAGGAGUUCCGUCAGACGUGGAAGCUGCUGAGCUCUCACCUGAAGAUGGAAAUCAGUGACGAGGCCAUCGUCGACCUCGCCCACAGUAUCGACUUCAACCAUGACGGAAGCAUCGACAUCAACGAGUUCAUGGAGGCCUUCCGGCUAGUGGACAGCACUCAUCACGACAUGGCAACAGCCUGAUUGGAGCCCCGUCCUGAGCUCAUCUAGUCUGUGCACAACCAGAGCAAGCCGUCCAGGAAGGAGCCCAAUCAGAAGUCCUUGUUGGCUGAAAAACUAAUAAGGCAGGCACCACUAGGGCAGCAAUCAUAGCUGUUGUCAGCGAGUGCUCAUAAGGAACAUGAAACUCAACAAUCUGUGACGUACAAUCUUUUCAAGCUAGGCCAGGGGAAUAAUGAACCAUAUUCAGCUUGACCUUUUUGCAGUAUUUUUUUCUACAACACAUCUGAGCUUGUUUAAGAAAUUAGGCGCGCCGGGGAAAAAAAAAUAAAAAAAUCACCAUCUACACUCAUCACCCAAUGUUUAGUGACAACACACUGCCUCUCACGAAAAUAAGACAUCAGCAAAAUAAUAAUAUAAAGAGAAAUAGUUAUAAAUAUUAUAACAUGCACAUCUUUAUUUAAACAAUGAGCUCAUUUUCCUGCCAAUUAUAGCAUAUAAAAUACACGAUCAAAUGCAAUAAAACAUGUAUUUACAGAACAAUCAUGGCAAAACUA